AUGUCGGACGGAUCACAGGCGUCUGGCUCGAGUCCUCUGAAGCGGAAGCGUUCAGAUGACGGUCUGUUGUCUUCUUCGCCAACACGACGUCAAAAGGUACACGGCGAGCAGCCGCGAAGUAUCAGUAUGCCGAAUUGCCUGGAAUCUACCGGAGAAGGACUGCCUCCAGUACCACAGUCCGCUGAGGAGCCUCUCGCGUCAAGUGCUCUAGUGAGCGCCGAUGUCGAGAAGUCCAAGCCUGUAAGCGAGCGCACAGAUCGCGACACAUCGUGCUGGCAGCAUUGGGAAGGCAGCUUCGAAGAUGUCAGUGAUGCAGCAAAAAUGCUCCAAGACAUCGAAGCGAACGUGGAAAUCCGUAGAAAUCUGAAGCGUGGUACUGCUAAAGUCGCAGAAUACGCAGCGGAAGCCGCAAUUUUGGCCAAUGGAGAAGGUCUAAAGCAUCGCCGGCAGCAGUUGGAAGAAAUCCCGUCUUCGAGGGAGCUGCACGAUGACCGGGAGAUCGACCGACUUGAGUACGAGAUCCGAGACAUAGAGGUGUUGAUCAGGUCCAAACAGGACCAACAGAAUGAUGCCACCAUUCGACUCAAUAACGAAGCAAAUGCGUUGACUCGUCAUGUCCGCGCGGUGUAUCGACUUGUGGAAGGCUUGAACAUCAAACGGUUCGCGGUAUUCCGGGGGUUCCCAGCCAAAUUCUUCGCCGACUUCGCAGCAUGUCAAGAUUUGGACCUGCAACUCCAGGAGAUCGAGGAAGAACUCAAAGCUUCACGCCUGGAAGUGGAUGCUAGGCAAGAUCAGAUCCAUCAGAUGGUGGUACAGGUCAUCCAAGCCCGCAAUUCCGAGCUGAGCGAGGAAGCCGAGAGGGCCCUUUCGGCGCUUGAAGACGAACUCGAGGAAUUGAAAGCAGCUCCUGAUCUUCUGGACCUUGAAAGGAGCUGCGACAAUCUAGCAGAGGAGCUUGACGCGGUCGAAAAGAAGCUCAGCGCCAUCGAGGUAAUCUUUUACGAUACCAUCGAAGAACACCUCGUAGCAGAGGGGCGUCUGGAGGCCUUCGUCAUCAGCGAUCCUGUCGAUGCUGAUGCGAUUGAGGGAGGUCGCAGGGAACAGUUCUCAACACCACUAGAGGAGAGAGAUGCGAAGCCCUUUGACCAAGAUCACAUGUCUCGACAGGUAGAUCGUCGACUCCAGAAUGUUCUGCGUCAAAGGUACAAAGCUGCCGCGCGCGAGGUGGAAGCUUGCCGAUUGCACCUUGAGGCACUACGACUCAUGAGCGAUCUGACACCUGAGGAACGUGCUUCAGCGGAAAGCGUAGACCAUGCGUUCUUCUUGGCCAAGUCCCGACGCACGAGAGCGCUUGUUGAAGCCGAAGAAGCAUGUCUCGACAUCUUAAGCAGCGCUCAAGAAGCGGGUGUGUCAGGCAUUCCUGCCAAAUCCGUCGGUUUCAGCAGCCAUGCGAGUGACGGCUACACUUCCGGAACCAUCGAGUUGUACGUCGGCCGGACGGACCUGGACUGCGUGCAACAGUGGGUCGACAACGAGGAGUCUGCGAAGAGCAAAGUGGACUAUGCCGAUGGCAAAAUCGUUCAAAUGGAUGGGCCUGACGAGCCGGGAAACGCAGAGCGUCCAGUACUGCAGUCUCUGGAUGUAGGCGAGAGCUACAGUACUAUCGCGACUGGGAAAGAUAAGGAUCGCAUCGAUGGGUGGUUGGCAGUGCAAAAGCCGCGAGUGGUCAGCCGGAAGAGUACACCGAGUAGCCGCCGAAUGAGUAUAUAA